GGCUGGACCGCAGCUUCCUCGCAUACUUCGCCGUGGAGCUCGCGCUCCGCGCGGGUCUCCACCAGGACAGAAAGGGGAGGGCAUGCAGGUAUGCUUCAACUGGCUGGAUCUCAUCGUGGUUGCCGGGGGCGUAUUGGAGCUGACCUUGGAUUCCUUCAACCACGCGUCGGGAAGUGGCUGCGGGGUCGAGGUUUUCAAGUUCAUGCGCGUGCUGCGUCUAGCCCGCACGUUCAAGUUGUUCGGAUUGCUUAUGCGAGCGGAUUUGUCGUGGACAGAGCGCGAUGGCUUUCAGACGUUCAUCAUGGUGAUGAUAUUUCUCAGCAGCCUGGCGAUGAGCUUCGAAAUCGACUAUCCACACUUACCUGUGUGGUGUUACUGGGAGCAUUUCGUUCUGAUGUUUUUUUCAUUUGAGAUUGUCGCCCGCAUGAAGCAGGCGGGGUUGUGGUCAUUCUUGUUCACUGGGGAGGGCCGAUGUUGGAAUUAUUUUGAUACAUUUCUUGUAUGCGCUGGUAUCAUGGAUGAGUGGUUGCUUCCCGCAGUUCGCCUUGUCAAGAUCCUGGCGGGGAUUCCUGCCAACGAGGGUUACAAUGAGUCGAUUUCUGAUGUAUUGCGCGUCCUGCGCAUCUUGCGACUGUUUAGAAUCAUGCGCCUUCUCAGACUUAUCAAGGGCAUUCCGCCUCUGUACAACUUGCUGGUGGGGAUCACGCAGGCGAUGGCCAGCAUGAUGUGGGUGAUGGUGCUGACGGGUCUCAUGCUGUACGCCUGGGGUCUCCUAACCGUCGCGUUGCUGAGAGACGGGCUCGUGGAGGUGGACUGCACCACGAGCGAGGACGACGGAAGUAUAGGCGACGCAUGCCCCUUCGAGCUCGACGCCCACGGCAAGGCCGGAGAGAGCCUGCACCCGCGGUGCAUCUUCAGCAGCGUGACCCAGACGAUGUUGAUCUUGUUCGAGCUCAUGAACGGCCACAUGGCCGCGUUCGAGGACUUGCUGGCUUGCAUCGAAUGGAUCAAGCCGUUUCUCUGCCUCUACAUGGCCUUGUCGUGCCUGACCAUUCUACCGACCCUGACCGCGGUGGUGAGCGAUAACAUGUUGAACUCGACCCGCGAGACGAAGGAGUGCGACAAGAUGGAGGCCGACAAGGUUCUCAGGAAGCGCAGGCGGCUCAUUGUGGAUGAGCUGCUCGACGCGAUCCAGCCGAACAAGGACGACGGCUACAUACAACGGCCGUCCUUCGAGAAAUUGCUCAAGGAGCCAUAUUUGUCGGACAUGCUUGCCGUGACUGCACAGCUGCAGCUGACCAACAUGAAAUCGCUCUUUGAUCUGCUGGAGCGCGACGACCAGGUGCACCGGAACACCUUCGUCCGGAGUCUCGAUCUCGAGGGCAAGGACGUGUGCGAGCAGACGUUUAUGCGCUUUGAGAAGCGGAUCUCUUACAUCGAGGACUGGGGCAACCUCUCCUACCUGGUAGGCACGAUGGAAAACACCCAGAGCGAGGUGCAGUGGCUAACCAGCCAGAUGCUGAAUCCCAAGCAGCCGCAGGGCUAGGCCAGGCGCGAUACGACCCGAUCUGAGUUUGCCUAGCCCCGCCCGCCUGCGCCAACCUGCCCGCUCGGUCUCUCAAGAGACCAGAGUCUCUCGGGCUGAUUUGGCGGCAUCCGGGAUUCACGCACAGAAUACAUGAGUUUCAUCCUGGCUGCUGUCUGUCAGUCCUUGAAGGCUCUAGGUGGGCGACUGAAGCUCGCACCUGCUGGCCGCCGAGUCGGCGCAGCCGCGCCCCGAAUCUCCUUUUGUCGCUGCAUGACUCUAGCCGGGCCCGCGCAGGGGGGGGGGCGGCACUCGUUCCUCCCCUUUCUCUCUCUUUUUCUCUUUCUAUUUUUGUUUUUCUUUCUCUCUCUCUCUCUCUCUUUCUCUCUCUCUCUCUCCCCGUGUUUCUGAUGUCUGUGGUCGCCGCACCUCUCCCUCCCAGCCAGCGCCGCGCACUGCGUGCGCCCUUGAGGAGCCGAUCGGUGUACUGUGUGCCCUGUCCUGAUGCGGCAA